AUGGGUACUGAAUCAAAAAUAGCAAAAUUCUACGUAAUACAAGAUGAAACAAAAAAUUUAUUAAGCAAGGAAACCGCUGUAUCAUUGGGAGUUUUAAAAAUAGGACUAAGCAUAAACACAAUUUGUGACGGUAUAUUCCCUAAAUUCAAAGAUGUUAAAAUAAAUAUUCCCAUUGAUGAAUCAGUUACACCAGUCUGUCAGCCAUAUCGCAGAGUACCAAUACCUUUGGAAACAAAAAUCAAAGGAAAAUUAAACGAAUUAAUUAAAGCGAAUAUCAUUGAACCAGUAAAACGACCUGCCAAAUGA